AUGCUGGUCACUGUGGCCGGCGGAACUGAGAUACCCUUGGAGCUCACACGUCAACUCAAGGGCUGUGGCUUGUCUCGUGGGACGACUUAUGCUCCCCUAUCCACGGCCUCUGCUCUUCAGAGGCAGACGGACUAUCCCAAGAAGCUAACGAAACAUAAGGAUCUGGAAGGAGGCUUCGUCUUGACACACGCCCACUCAAGCGGCGAACCUCUAGCGCUACGUGGUCCCCAGGACCAUUCAGUGGGCGAGUCUCCUCCUGACGACGAUGAGUGGUCCAGAAACCUGCAUCCCAUCCCACCUUGUCACCGCAACUACUCUUGCAUCGAUUACCCACCGGGACUGCUUGUCUACGCCUGUCAUUUUUUCUCUACUCCGCUAGGGGCCCUCGAGCUAUCCGCCAGACGACCCUCCUGUCGAAGUAGUCCCCGCUCGCCUCCACCCGCUGCUAGUCUCUUUAGCUCUUGUCUUUACGCCAGCUUUGUCUCUAAAGCUUGACAACCUGGCUGACACGUUGGUUGUACGGGCCUCGAACACGUACCCGACAUCUUGCAGCUCAUCCUGUGUGUGCGUUUGCCGCUACUGCAGUCCGGAACCGACACCGUCCUCGCUAUUUGAACGUGGAGCUGGCAGUACUUCCGACUCGGGUGCCACACUCUUUUGCAGCAUAAAGACUCACUCAUCCGUCGCACCAGCCGCUAGCAACACUCUCUUCUUCAACAAAGGUGAUUUAAUAAACCAUUCUAUACAGUACCACCGUUAAAUCCGUCACGCUGGCGAUCCAAGCUCUUUCCCGUCCCCAAGAGCCUCCCCGGAGGUGGCUCGGCGCGGACUCUUCAGACCACA